GAUAACGCCGGAAAGACAACCCUUCUCUACAGGCUCAAGAUCGGCGAGGUCGUUACCACCAUUCCAACGAUAGGCUUCAACGUUGAGUCUGUAAACUACAAAAACCUGAAUUUCAAUGUCUGGGACCUUGGAGGCCAAACAUCCAUCCGCCCUUACUGGAGAUGCUACUACGCCAAUACAGCCGCUGUCAUAUUCGUCAUCGACUCGACUGACGUCGAUCGCCUCUCCACCGCUGCGGACGAGCUUUCUGCCAUGUUGAAUGAGGAGGAACUGCGCGAUGCCGCACUGCUAGUCUUUGCAAACAAGCAAGACCAACCGGGUGCCAAGGGUCCUGGAGACAUCAGCGAAGCUCUUCGCUUGGGUGAGCUCAAGGACAGGAAUUGGACUAUCGUAGCAUGCAGUGCUAUUGAUGGCAGCGGUGUUUCAGAAGGCAUGGAUUGGAUGGUUCAAACUGUGCAACAAGAGUCGUCGUAG